CCAGUCGAUCUUUUCCUGCUGUUUUAGAAAAUUGUUGGUUCGAAUCCCAACGAUUCACUUUUUAUUACAACGAUAUGAUGGAUUAGCCAAGCUAAAAACAAAAAUGAAGAAAAACAGUUCCCGGAUCAGCCCGAGUUCCGUGCCGGUGUCGGUAAUAACAGACAACCCUUUACGAAUAAACCCCCUGGACCAGGAAGAGUCGUUUGAGACACCCCCCAUCAUCCGUCGGGGGAGACCACCAAAACAGACAUUUUCCGACAGCAUAAAGCCCACCCCAAAAAUGUACCCGUUCCGGCGUUCACGGACUCGGACCAUGGUAGACGAGAAGAAUACGAGAUCAGUGAAAGUCCCACGACAGAGAUCGCUGAUGAAAGCGAAGAAGAGCCAAGCAGAUGCGGGGAUGAAUGAGGAAAAAAUGGCUGCGCGCAUUUUACGAAGGUCGAGUAAAUACACGUCUCCGUGUGGUACGGUGAUACAGCCGAUCGAGCCGGCGGAUAGCGAGACAAGACAAGAGGAAGAAGAACAAGAAGAAGAAGAACCACAGGUCGCAUCCGUCACAAGGAAGAAGAAACGCAGAGCAGCGCCGCCACCAUCUGACGAAUUCGAAACCGAGACCGUCUAUGAAGCGGAGAUUCUGGAAGCGAGGCGGAGACAGAAGGGAAGAAGGAAAGGACGUUUUCUGGGGAAAUUUGAUCGGGACAUUUCUCCCGAGUUCGAUCUUCACGGGUACCCGAUAGAACCGGUUGUGCAUCCGGAACCGGAACAAGUGUCAGACAAUAACGACAACGACGAGAAGUUCGACAAUCCGGAAGCAGCAUUAGAUAACGUGGAUGAUAAUGUGACGGUGACGUUUGCUAAUGUCAAUAAUGAUGACGAAAGUCAGGGUCACGGUCAGGAUCAGGGUCUCAUGGAUUCGUUGAUUGACUAUCAGAAUGGGUCGGAACUUGAUUUCGGCUACCAGUCGUAUGCCGAGACUGUGUUGAGUGUCGGGGGACGGGGGAGGGGGAGAGGGAGGGGGAGGGGGAGAGGUGCAAAUAAAGAAUCUAGACCGGAUUCGAACAGCGAGCAGGUGUCCAAACGGUCGGGCCGAAGAAAGGGCAUGCCCCGCAAAGUGGUAGUGGCGGAAUAUUCAGACGAGAGUGAUAAUGAAGACGAUGAUUCAGGGAGCAUGAGCUAUGGGAUCAUGGGAGCCUCCCGUGGGCGGGGCAGAGGGCGUGGCCGAGGGAGUAAUAUGUCAAAGAUGGUCGUCUCAACAGUCUGCUUACGCUGUCGUCAGGAUCUGGGGACUCUGUAUUUCCUGAAAACUCACCUCAUUCAUGCACACCAAGCUUGGUGGACACCUGACUGUCCAGGGGGCGCCACUGACGGCCCCGCGCUGACGAGAAUUUUGAAACAGACGGGAAAGCUGUUUUGUCCGAACUGCAACAAGGAGCACCAUGGAGUCCAGUAUUACAAGUUCCACCUCGACUGGUGUGGGCGUGAGGAUGAGCGCGAGCUGUGUAAGAUCUGUAACCGGCUCCAGAAGCGGAUGUUCAUGUCGCAGCACGUGUACGCGCACGAGAAGGCUCAGCGCGACAUUGAAAACGCCAACGCGCGACUCGCGGAGAAGACAGAGGAGAAAAAGAAGGCAGCGGACACGGAUGGGGAUGAAUUCAACAAGAUGGGAAUCAAGAAGAGAGUUGCAGCGAAAAGGGCCCUGGAGAGUAUAAACGACCUCGAUGCUAUUGACCCCAACCCUAAGCGGCACAAGCGGAGAAAAAAAGAUAUCGAUGGCGACUAUGAGAUAACUGAUGGCGUCAACCUUAACAGCAGUGGGAAGUCCAUUAUUAAUACUAAGACAAUGAGGAAGUCUGCCGGACACAGUGGCUACAACGUGUUUGACAGUCCUGACAUGUUUCCCGUGGUGUGUGGCGUCUUGCAGACUCAGGAGAAAGCCGACUGUAUAUAUCCUCUCCUGAGACCCGCAGCUCAUGACUGGAUACCGCUGGAUGGAGAAGAGAGAGAUAAAUAUUUGCCCGAGACUCUGAUUAGUCCAGAUUUCUGGGUGACAAAUAAGAACGUCAAGUCCGACAUACGAAGACUCAUGUGGACGGAAUCAUACACAACAAAAGAUCAGUCGACGAUCUUUGUUGGUGGUCCGAUCUGGGGGAUUGAGUGGUGCCCGAUUCCAAGUGAGGAAUCGACCCGGCAGUUCGCCGCCCUCGUGUGUGACCGCUCGAUGGACAGCAACCACAGGCCGCACGAGUCAGUGCCGGAACCAGGGAUCAUCCAGAUCUGGAGUUUCGGUAUUCUCAACAGUCAGGACAAGUUUAUCCCGCAGCCAGUGCUUGCCCUGUCGAUUGCUCACGAUGUCGGUCCUGUGCGCAGUAUUAACUGGUGUCCGUCUGGAGCGUGGGAAAACCCAGUCGAGUAUCUCAACGAAGAUAACAUUCCAGAGGAUUUUCUGCCCCGUUUGGGAUUGUUAGCUGUCGGUUGUUCGACGGGAGAAGUGUUUGUUUACAGUAUCCCACAUCCAGAAAUACUGACGCAGCCCGAAUCUAUAGAAAUUCAGUCUUUGUCGAUGGUCUGCAAGCCUCAACCUUCCAUUGUUCUUCAAAUUCGUCCAGUGUCUGAUUUGGGAUCCUGUCUUUCUGUUGCCUGGCAACCGGGCAAAGAGUGUCGCUAUGUGAUGGCAGGAUAUGCUAAAGGCUACGUUCAGAUCUGGGAUCUGAUGACCUCGUCCCCCCUCCUCGUGACCUCGUCGCCUGAGCUACAGAUCCUCCCGUUCCGCACAUUCAAGGCCCACCAGCGGAUGAUAAUGCACUGCAAGUGGAACCCGUUUUUGCCGUCGACUUUUUCCACGGCCAGCCACGACAAACAGCUCAAGUACUGGAACCUCAACAGUCUGACCAAACCCUACUUCCACGUCGAGAUCGGACCUGUCACCUCCUGCGAGUGGGCGGGGCCGCUCAACUGUGGCGUUUUAGUCGCAAAGGAUGAUGGUUACAGUUUGGAGCACACAGGUGUCCACUUUAUCGAGUGUGGUUUCCGGGGGCUGACUGGAAUGUUUAAAGGACCUCUCACCGUUCACAACUCGUGUGCAUGGGACGUCCAGUUUUCUCCUCUGUUUAACUUCAUCUUCAGCUGCGAUGCCAGCGGUUGCAUUGUGGGACACAAGGCUGUCAAUCUGUCGGAGGAUGUAGACAUGAAGAAUGUAGCAAAGCGGAGAUUUACAAUCUACAAUGUUGAGUUGAGGAAGAAAUCUGCCGAUGACGACCAAUCCGAAGAGAGUUUCCCUACUAAUUAUUCGAACAUGGUGUCGACUUGUGAUGUGGAAUUCAUUGAUAGAGAAAUGGAUUCUCAACUGAAGGCAGACAAAAUAGCAGCUACCUACCUCUCAAUGCCUUCAGAGAAGUUGUCCAGGUAUCCCAUGCAAGCAGUCCACAAGAUUUCCCUCAACCCGAACAUGAUGAGCUGCAUGUGGCUGGCGUCCGGGGGUCAGGCGGGAUUCCUCAGACUCCACCAGGUGACGGGGAUGAUGUCAUUCAGCGGAAAGAUGUUCUUCAAGAACAAGGAAAACACGCUGACCUGCUAAUGAGAUCACAGUGUCCAUCCCAUCACAAAUAAAACACUAGACAUGCUGACAAGAUGUUCUUCAAGAACAAGGAAAAAACUUUAACCUGCUAAUGAGGUCACAGUGUCCAUCCCAUCACAAAAAAACAAGCAGACGAACAUGCCAUGUCCAUCCUAUCGCAAAGAAAAUACUCUGAUAUGCUGACGAGUCUUACCCGUCAUGAAGAAAACACAAUUUGAAAUGCUGACGAGUCCAUCCCAUCACAAAGAAAACUCUCUGACAUACCAGUGUCCAUCCCAUCACAAAGAAAACACUCUUGACAUGCUAUCGAGGUGUUGGUGUCCAUCCCAUCACAGAAAUUAUUUUCAUUACAAGGUUCAGUCUAUAAGUGUAUGAGCUAGAAAUAACAUACUGACUUGUGAAAUGCACGGUUUUAUCCUCCAAGAGUAUUAUGAGUUGUGGUUGGCAGUGCAGUUUAGUUGUGCUAGUUAGACUUUAAACAGUGCCACUUGAACCCCGACUAGUACCGCCCAUUGUAGGCAGGUCCCUCACUCACAUUAAUGGGGAAAGUGUUCUUGAAGAAAACUAAACGCCUGCAGUAUGGAUUUUUAUUACCCAUAUGGGCAGUGAGAUGCAGGUGAAUAUAUUUUCUAUCUUUUUCUAAGUAAAGAUAGAAGCUAUCUUUCCCCGCUGACGUCAUGACGUUAGUUUGGUGAUGUCAUCGGUUUCCUCGACUGUCAAGUCUCUCGUUGAUGAGAUUUUACAAACAGCAGUGGAUGUUCCUAAAGAUAGCUUUUGACGUCAUUGCUUUCUUUCGUGACAUCAUCAGUUUUCUCAGACUUUAUUAUAUAGUUUGUGUCAUGUAAGAAGUUUAAAGUUAAGUUUCUAAACUAUUUACACUAUGGGUAAUAAAUACAAUAACCCAAUCCAUACUCAGAAUUACGGAUUAUCUGUAAUUCCUCGUUACUUUUGUUUUCAAUCUAUUGAAAUACCCAAAGAAAGGCUUUAGGUUCAAAGUCAGGUUCAGUAUUCAGGUAAUAGGAAAAUUAUCCAAGUUAUCUUCAUUUUCAAACAUCAUUUUCAGUUAGAAAAUUUUCUUUCAGAACAGAGAAAACAUUCUGACAAACUGAAACAUUUUGACAAAAAGUAAAAACAUUCUUACAAAUGGAGAAAACAUUUUGACAAACGGAGAAAACACUAAUGAACAAGGCAAACUCCCAUUAAUAGAGAAAACCCUUGUCAAACAUUCAUGUGAGCACGGUUUUCCUGAACAGUCACCACAUCAUGGAAAUGGGUCCAUAUUGGGCAUGUGUUCUUUCAGAACGACAAUAAGGAGUUGAAUAUUGGCCCGGAUAGACAUCGUGUCAUACAGACGAUACACUUCGGAUGGAAGAUGUUGAAUAAUUAAUAAAAAUUAAUGUUUGUGAGCCGGAUUGUCUUAUCAGCCAUAUUGUGAUUCAGGUUUUCUUCUAGAAUAACAUCAUGCUGGGGUGUUGUUAAACAUCCAUUCUUUCUUUCAUUCAUGCAUGCAUUCAUUCAUUCAUUCUUUCAUUCAUUCAUUCAUUCAUUCAUUCAUUCAUUCAUUCAUUCAUUCAUUCAUUCAUUCAUUCAUUCAUUCAUUCAUCCAUCCAUCCAUCCAUCCAUCCAUCCAUCGUUUCAUUCAUUCAUCCAUCCAUUCCAGAGUAACAGAAGAUGUUGCAUAUUGGCCUGGACUGCCAUCAUUUCAUACAGAUGGUAUGCUUCAGUCAGAAGAUGUUGAAGAAUAAAAAACCCUAAAUAAAACUUGUGCAUUCCAGCUUGUUUGAACAGUCAUCAAUGUGCUUCAAGUUUUCUUCCACAAUAACACGAAUACUGCUGAUCUCAGCUGAAUGAUGUCUUCGAGUUAAAUGUAAUUGUUGCAGUCUCAGUGCCGCCUAACAUAUUUUACUGCUGUAACUGAAAACACACAACUGUAGCCUUAAAAACUCCAGUCCCAUUAUUUAAAGGGUAACUGUAUACUAAAUUUAUGAACUGUAAACACAACUGUAGUCUUAAAAAUUCCAGUCCCAUUAUUUAAAGUGUACUGUUAUAAUACAAUUUAUGAACUGUAAACGCACAACUGUAGUCUUAAAAACUCCAGUCCCAUCAUUUAAAGGGUAACUGUAUACUAAAUUUAUGAACUGUAAACAACUGUAGUCUUAAAAACUCCAGUCCCAUCAUUUAAAGUGUAACAUUAUAAUACAAGUUAUGAACUGUAAACACAACUGUAGUCUUAAAAACUCCAGUCCCAUCUUCCCAUCAUUUAAAGAGUAGCUUUAUAAUAAAAUUAUUACCUAUCAGCUGUAAGGUUUAAAUCUAUUUUACUGUUACUCUGUAUUCCCAAUAAAGAGUACAAUGUGUUAUUCCGACAUUUUGCUCUUCGUACUUGUUGAACAACUUCUAAUGCAGCAUAGAUGGUCUCAUUGCCAUUUUGAACACCAUGAACAGUUAAACAUGCCAGUGGUGAUCCUCUUUUGAGAGUGUCUGUAUGGUGAACACCGUAUUUACACACUGCCAGAUUUACAUGAACGCAUCCAGGUAAUGGAACAAUGGUCACAGGAAAACUGGAGGAUGCACCUUUAAUAUAAAUAUUUGAAUAUUGUACUCCGAAUUGCAAGCCUUAAAGAAUAAAGACAAAAUGUUUGCAUGUUACUGUGUCUCAUUUCUGCCGAAGGUAUAGAAAUGAACUUUUUCAGUAGGGAGAUGGACAAUGAAACGGAAUACUUUUGCAAAUCUGUUUCAAAUAGUUGGAAGCUUUUCCUGCUGAUCAAAGAAAAGAAAUGUGCAUAAUUGAACAGCCUUCUAGUCACUGACUUCAGUUUGUGGAAUGUGUCUUUAAAGACUGCAGAAAGAAAUUCAGCAGGAUUGUUCUGAUGAUUUAGCAGAAAUCAUGUUUCAUUCAAACAGCACAAAUUACUUACAGGUACAUUAUAUAAAUAUUCACAACAGACUGAGUUCCAAUACAGGCUAGCAAAUGUUUUUGAUGCCCGGAAAUAGUUAAAGCAUUUGUAUUUAUAAAGUUUGGUACUACGUGUAUAUACUAUGGUAUUAAACUUAUCAUGCAAGUAUAAUUACCAGUAGAAAUAAUUAUUUUUAAAAUAUUAAGUUUCAAAGUAUACCUCAGAACAUGUACUGUAUGUGUAUGUGCAAUGUUUUUAUACCAUUUCUUACUACUGUAUGUGUUUGUGCAAUUCUUGUUUUCCGUUUCUUACUAUGAAUUGUUAUAAAACUUGAUAAAAAAUUAUUAUGUAUGUUGGAAUGUGAUCAUGAAAUACGCUAAUCAACAAAAGAAACGCUGAAUGUGAGAUAAUAAUAAAAUUAUUGUUUUAGGUGUUGAUAUGAAAUAGAUAA